AUUCUGCCUUUCACGAAGGGACAUCUUCCCCACGAAAACAUGCCUCUCUCCAAGGACCUCCUCCACCCCUCCCCAGGAGAGGAGGAGAGGAAGCGGAAGAAGAAGUGCCUGACUACGUAACUGGCUCCAAAGAAGCAGAUUUACGGGGUGCAAAGAGUCUGGCCCAUGGAGUCGUAUGUUGGGAGAGGCUUCUGGAACUGCGACAUGAAGAUGGAGGGCUCCACUCUGCCUUCGUGGCCUCUGUAACAACUAGAGGCAACUGUCCAUGGCUGUUUCCGCAGCCAUCAUAUGGUAUCCACUUCACCACUUGUUGUGACCUUGACAUUAGCUCAGUGGCAUGUAUGAACCAACCCUCAUGGAAGGAAUAUUAAACCACUAGAGAAUGCUGAAGUGGAAGGACCUGGACAGCCAGAGAAACAUUUCAAGGUCAUCUGGGGCCUCCAAGGCUUUAAGACAGAUGGCGGAAAACAAACGUCUUUGGAGAAGAACCGAAGGGGACAGGUUAAAAGCGCUCUGACGUGCACACCAUGUGACAGGCCUCCUGCUAUAAGCCGAGGAAAGGUCCGCCCUCUCCUGGACUCAGCCCUCGCCUCGCCGAGCUCGGUCCCUAGACUCUCGCCCGUCCCGCACCGUCCCAGGCGCCCGACACUCUGACUUGCUCGCCCGGGGCCUCGCCACCCCCUCCUCACUGAUCGUGCGAGGCCCCGCUCCGCAAGGGGAAGGUCAAGUCCCCCCGCCUGGAACCGGUGCGCGCGGAGUCCAGCGAGUGCAGAGACCUUGCGGCUCUCGCGGCGGCGCAGGAGUUACAAAGUCGCGGCGCAAAAAGCCUCUGCCGCAGCCCGGCAGCUCCCGCGCAGCUCCAGCGGCGGCGGCGCCCCCAGCGUGGCGCCCCCGUGCCGGGCCCGCCGCCCGGGACCCGGGCUGGGGCGCGGCGGGAGCCCGGAGCCCGGCGCCCCUAUGCGCCGCCUCGCCGCCGCCGCGCUACAGCUAUGACCCUGAGCACGGAGAUGUCCGAUGCCUCCGGCCUCGCGGAGGAGACAGACAUCGACGUGGUAGGGGAGGGCGAGGACGAAGACGACGAGGAAGAGGACGACGACGAGGGCAGCGGCGGCGUGUCCCGCCUGGCGGUCCCCGCGCAGCGGCGGCGGCGGCGGCGCUCCUACGCCGGAGAGGACGAGCUGGAGGACCUGGAGGAGGAGGAGGACGACGACGAUGACAUCCUGCUGGCCCCGCGCUCAGUGGCCUCCCCGGCGCCCCCGGGCCCAGCCCCAGUGGCGGGAGCCGGGGCCGGCGGGGGCGGCGGCGCGGGCUCGGGCGCGGGCGGCGGCGGCGGCGGCGGCGGGACCGCGGGCGGCGGCGCCAAGAACCCCCUGGUGAAGCCGCCCUACUCGUACAUCGCGCUCAUCACCAUGGCCAUCCUGCAGAGCCCCAAGAAGCGGCUGACGCUGAGCGAGAUCUGCGAGUUCAUCAGCGGCCGCUUCCCCUACUACCGGGAGAAGUUCCCCGCCUGGCAGAACAGCAUCCGCCACAACCUCUCGCUCAACGACUGCUUCGUCAAGAUCCCCCGCGAGCCCGGCAACCCCGGCAAAGGCAACUACUGGACGCUGGACCCCGAGUCCGCCGACAUGUUCGACAACGGCAGCUUCCUGCGCCGGAGGAAGCGCUUCAAGCGGCAGCCGCUGCUCCCGCCCAACGCCGCGGCCGCCGAGUCGCUGCUGCUGCGCAGCGCAGGGGGCGCGGCGGGCGCGGGCGACCCCGCUGCGGCCGCGGCGCUCUUCCCGCCCGCGCCCCCGCCGCCCCCGCACGCCUACGGCUACGGCCCCUACGGCUGCGGCUACGGCCUGCAGCUGCCGCCCUACGCGCCGCCCUCGGCCCUCUUCGCCGCCGCCGCCGCGGCCGCCGCCGCCGCCGCCGCCUUCCACCCGCACUCGCCCCCGCCGCCCCCGCCGCCCCCGCCGCCGCACGGCGCGGCCGCGGAGCUGGCCCGGACCGCCUUCGGCUACCGGCCGCACCCGCUCGGCGCCGCCCUGCCCGCCCCCCUGCAGGCCUCGGCUGCCAAGGCCGGCGGCCCGGGCGCCUCGGCGCUGGCGCGCUCGCCCUUCUCCAUCGAGAGCAUCAUCGGAGGCAGCCUGGGCCCGGCCGCCGCCGCCGCCGCCGCGCAAGCAGCCGUCGCCGUGCAGGCCUCGCCUUCACCCUCUGCGGGGACCCCGUCCGCGCCCGCGCCGGGAUCCGGCGGCGGCGGCGGCGGCGGCGGCUGCGCGGCUCAGGCGGCCGUAGGCCCGGCCGCCGCGCUCACCCGCUCCCUCGUGGCCGCCGCGGCCGCCGCCGCCUCCUCGGUCUCCUCGUCCGCCGCGCUGGGGACUCUGCACCAAGGGACUGCCCUGUCCAGUGUCGAGAACUUUACUGCUAGGAUUUCAAAUUGUUAAUAACGCUAUGUUAGCGCGCUUGGGAAAGAGAAGCACGGCUAAGAGAGAGGACUUUGGAACCGAGAACGUCCAGAUGCCACAGCUGCCCCGGGGUGGAGACGAGUUAGCAGGCGGAACCCAGACGGCCCAGGCACCGCUUGCAUGCCUCGCAGCCUUCUGUAAGUCACAGAUCUGAAACUUAGAGCUGAAAGUCAUUAUGAGGAGAGAGUGAAAGAACGGGGCCAUGGGUAUUAUUAUUAUUUGCAUGAUACUUGGAUGUCCCGAACAGCGGGGAAUCCCAGCUACUCCUUCUCUCUCUUCAAAUUCCCGCAUCUCUAAAAAGUGCCAGGACGGACUCUACCCCCUCCCCCGCCCCCAGGUUGUCCGCGCUUUUAAGAGAAUGGUAACAAGGCACUGUGCAAUCCAGCGCUGGCCUCCUUUGGCGUCUGGAGGUGGGGUCCCGCAUCACCCAAGCCAGCUAGAGAGACCGCAAGCCUGUGGUGCGCCCCUGAGCCCUAAGAAAAAGUAAGCUCAACCGGCCUGCUCACUGUCGCGUUUUGCCUCAUCACCUUCCGGGUUUGGGCUUCCACGGUAGGUGUUGCUGGCCCGGAGACGGACGAGAUAGUGGGGAGCGAAGGCGGCGAGCCGGGCAGGGAGUGAGCGGUGGCGGACUACCGGGCGGCCGGGAACGCGGGGCUCGCCCGGUUGGCUGAGUGGACGAGCAGGUGCUGGAACAAAGGCCGAGGGGCUGCCGGGCUACGGAGGCCUUUGAUGGGCAAGGACGUCUCCUCCCGGGGCUCCUCAUUCGCAUGCAAAUCCAGCUCUGGUCCUCUUUUCUUUGAAGGCAAACAGAAGGAUGUUUGUGUGUUUGUAAGGACGAAGCUUGCUUGAACAAGCCUUCCUCAAUAGGCUGGGUCUCGAAAAAUAAACCGGUUGGACAAACAUUGGCCACCAGCUCUCCUCCUCCCAACUACAAAGUGUGGAUUUGCUACAACUCAUUAACCCGACGCUUUUCUCCCCUUCGCCUUGUUUCUCUGCUCAUCAAACGCCCCCGUAGAGCCUGGAGACAAAUGACCGAAGCUCAGUCGGGAGGGAAUUGCAGUUAAUAGGGAGAGGGAUAUAUUGGGGCUAAUGGUUCAGGCAGCUCCCGGAGAAGGACCACACAAAAAGGAGCCUCUCCAUUCAGGGCUCUGUUGUGCUGCGGAGAUUUACUCUGCAGCUAGAUUUAGCCAAAUGUUAUCUAUUGCCCGGGUAAUGAAGCCCUUAUGGAUUGAAUUGCUCCUUGUACCACACAUGAUGUCAUGACCUUAGAUCGUUUCUUGGUUGAUUUCUUUUUUUCUCUAUUGGGUAAUUAUUUUAUUUCUUUAAAAUAAGAAGCUAGAGCUUCUGCUCAACAAGUUUCCUCUCCGUC